GCAUAGUGACUACACCCUUUAUGAACAAGACUGGUUGAAAAGGAGUACAGCUGUUGCUAUAUUUGCUGCUCAGACUAAUUACCAAUACUGCAAAAACAACACAAAGAACUGAUAGAAAAAAGCUAGGUGAAACUUAGUUUUAGUGACUCCUUAAAGAAGAUCAAAAUCUACAUCUGUACAACUGAAUUUUACUGGUGAACCAAAGGCAGAAUUAAUAUGGCUGCAAAGCAGGAAAGUAAGUCGAAGAAAUGGGCUCUUGUAAAGGAAAAGAUCACUGCCCCAGACAUAGACAAUACCGAGGCCAACCUGGAAAAUGCUGACCCUGAGCUCUGUAUCCGUUUGCUUCAGACCCCAACUGUUAUGAAUUACUCAGGCCUGAAGAAGCGAGUGGAAAACAGCAACAAUGCCUGGAUGCUACAAUUCCUGGAGCUUGGUGGCCUUGAUUUACUGCUGGAAGCACUGGACAGAUUGUCCGGCAGAGGAGUGGCAAAGAUAACCGAUGCCCUCUUGCAGCUCACCUGCGUGAAGUGUGUACGGGCUGUGAUGAACUCUUCAAAAGGCAUCGACUACAUUAUAAAUAAUUCAGGCUAUGUCCGAAAACUUUCCCAAGCUUUAGAUACAGCUAACAUCACAGUAAAGAAACAAGUCUUCGAGCUGUUAGCAGCACUAUCUAUCUACUCCCCAGAAGGCCACAGUCUGGCUUUGGAUGCAUUGGAAAACUACAAGACUGUGAAAAGACAGCAAUAUCGAUUCAGUGUAAUAAUGAAUGAAUUCCAGACUACUGAUAACGUUCCAUAUAUGACAAUACUGCUGAGUGUCAUCAAUGCCAUUAUUUUAGGAUGUGAAGAACUGAUACCUCGUACACAACUGCGAAAUGAAUUCAUAGGUCUCCACCUGCUGGAUAUACUGCCAUCAUUAAGGGAUCAAGAUGAUGAAGAUUUAUUAGUCCAAUGUUUAACCUUUGAAGAUGGUAAAGCAGAUGAUGAUGAAGAGCUAAUGAAGAUUUCUGAUGGCAUUGAUAUGAACAGUCAUCAAGAAGUUUUUGUAACAUUAUUUAACAAAGUGAGCAGCUCACCAGCCUCUACACAACUGCUGUCAAUUCUUCAAGGCCUUCUGCAGCUGGACCCAUCGAACAGCGGCAGUCCUCUGAUCUGGGAAGCCCUGGAAAUUCUGGUGAACAGGGCAGUCCUGAUUGCCUAUAACACAAAUGAAGAUGAAGACAUUGGCCUAAUCAUGGAAAGGCUUGUAUUGACUAAGAAAUUAGAAAAAGAUCAGCCAGUGAAACAAAACGCAAAUAAAAAAGCUGUUGAGAAAGCUGUACAAACAGAACCAUCAUUGCCCACCUCAGCAGCAGGAGUAAAGCAGAAGGCUAGCUCAUCAUUGCCACCAUCAGUUGAUAAGGUGCUGCUUUCUGCACCAUCAUCACCUCCUCCACUGCCAGCUGUGGCAGAUGACACAAUGACAUCUCCACCCAGUGAUCUGCACACUGCCAAUAUACCCCCUGCUCCUCCUCUCCCGGGCACUGUUGGAUCUCCCCCUCCUCCCCAUGCUCCUCCUCUCCCUGGCACUGGUGGUGUGCCCCCUCCUCCUGCCCCUCCUCUCCCUGGCACUGGUGGUGUGCCCCCUCCUCCUCCUCCACCUCCUCUCCCUGGCACUGGUGGUCCACCCCCUCCUCCCCCUCUGUUCCCUGGUGGUAUUCCACCUCCACCACCUCCACCGGGCUCAUUUAAUGAUGCACCCAUUGUGGCCUCCCGAUCAGCAAAUCAACUAUAUUCUUGUGGUCCACCUCUCCAGCAACCAAAAUUACGGAUGAAAAAGCUCAACUGGCAAAAAAUCUCCCCAAAAAUGGCCACAGAGAACAAUUCUUUGUGGUCAUCUAUCCAUCGAGCUGCUGCAUCAUCUUUGGAUCCAGACUAUGCCAGUAUUGAAAAACUCUUCUGCUUUCCCAUAUCAGAACCAAAAAAGAAACAGCAAAAUGUGUCAAAAAAGGAACCAAAGGAGAUCACAUUUCUGGACUCAAGGAAAAGCCUUAAUUUGAACAUAUUUUUAAAGCAAUUCAAAUGUUCUGAUGAAGAAGUGGCUAACAUGAUCAGAACUGGAGACCGAUCAAAAUUCGAUGUAGAGUGUUUGAAGCAACUCCAGAAGUUACUCCCAGAGAAUCAUGAGAUAGAAAAUAUAAAGGCAUACAAAGGAGAGAAGGAGAAAUUAGCAAGUGCUGAUCAUUUCUACCUUGUGCUGCUUGAUAUUCCCAGCUAUCAGCUAAGGAUUGAUUGCAUGUUUCUGUGUGAAGAGGCAGCUGUUGCCCUGCAAAUGCUCCGUCCAAAAGGAGAAUUAAUUAAAACUGCUUGUCAAGAUUUACUUUCUGCUACGAGACUGCCACUCUUCUGUGAACUCAUUCUUAAAGUUGGAAACUUUCUGAAUUACGGCAGUCACACAGGAGAUGCAAAGGGAUUUAAAAUAAAUACCCUACUAAAACUGACUGAGACAAAAGCCAACCAAUCCCGGAUCACAUUGUUGCAUCAUAUGAUAGAGGAAGCUGAAAAUUUCCAUCCAGACCUUCUGAAUCUUCCAGAUGACCUGGAAAGCAUUUCACAAGCAGGAGGGAUUAGCGUGGAAUCGCUUCAAGCUGAUACAAUUAAUCUGUUGGAACGCCUCAAGAAAACUAGUGGCAUUCUCAAAUCAUCCAUUGAUGAUAUAAAAUUACAGUUUGACAAACCCAUCCAAGAAAGUCUGUCUGCAACAACUGAACUGAAGCAAAUUCUAGAAGAGAUCGAGGCAGAGAGAAAGAAACUGGCUCUGUACUUUUGUGAUGACAUUGGAAAAUUUUCACUGGAAGAGCUCUUCAAAACUAUCAAAACAUUCAGAGAUUAUUUCCUGAAAGCAAUGAAGGAAAAUAAGCUCAGGAAAGAACAGGUUGCAAAAGCAGAGAAGAGGAAACAAAAGCUUCAGGAAGAGGAAGCCAAAAGGCAAAAGGGAGAAGAUGGACAUGUUGUUCAAAAGUUACCAAUAAAGCAAGAGGAAGAAUGCAUUAUAGAUGCUCUUCUGUCAGAUAUAAGAAAAGGUUUUAAGCUGAAGAAGACGGCUAGGAGCAAUUGUGAAAACUUGUCUGCUCCGAAACAUUCCACUACUGAAACAAGUAGCAGGAAAAUACUGCUGGACCAAAAUGACACUUCAACAGAAGACAAAGAAAACAAAAGGGCUUCUCAAUACACAACUACAUCAGCAAUCAUGGAUGAAAGUUCUAAUUCCAUGGUGAAGUUAGUCACCCAGCAACCACCUGCUGAACAGAGACCUGCUGAAGACAAAGCACCGAUAAGUGAUGUGCUCAAGACAUCUGCAAGCUCCCCAUCUAGCUCUGAAGUAAACGCACCUGAAACUGAAUCAGAACGUGAGAAAGUGAAUGACAAGAAUCUUGAAACAUGCUCAACUGAUGCAAAUAAAGUAAUUGUUUGCCAAGACAACCCCAGAUCUAGCAAAGAAAUGUUAAUUGCAAAUGAGCAUGAACAGUUGACACAAUGUAAUGCUGUAGCCUCUGUGGACAUUGUGGCCAGGGAAAAUGAAAUACUCUUUCAUAGCAGUAACAUUAAUGGGAAUUUAUCUCAAGCUGAUAACAAAAUAAAUUCCCAAAAUAAAGUUGACUCUAGAUGUGAUAUGCCUGACUCAAAGACAAACACGGUCACUGAAAUAACGAUAUCAGAAACAGAAGAACAAACUAUUCCUGACACAAGUGCCACUUGUCCUAGCCCAAGGAAUAGUCACUCUGGUGAUGAGUCACCUACAAAAAGUACUUCACCCAGAUCUUCCCUAACACUACUUGGUCGGAAAUCAAAAGACAGGAAAAGUAAGAAAAGCAAAGAAGUCUGCUCUGAAGAUAGAAGCAAUAAAUCCAAAAAACCUUGUUCAUUGCACUAAUGUAUGUCUGAGUCUCACGUACACAACAUUCCUAAACCACGAAGAAUGGAAGAAGACAUAACAAGAAGAUGAUGGAGGCAAUCUGAUCAAGAGUUAUCACCAACUCAGAAAUGCUUUUUCUCAAACAAAAAGAAUGACAUUGUGUACCUGGACUAUUCUAAGUCUUCUAAGAGUCUUGCAAAUGUGCAAAAUAGUUGAAUGUACACUAUAAAGAAACAAUUGUUAGCUUUGUAAGGUUGAUUGUCAUCAAAACAACUUUUGAAAAAGUGGAAACAUUUGAAAUAGUAGAAAAUAAAAUAAGACUAAGCUAUGUUAGCUGAUUUUAUGCUCAUUGGGAAACUUCUGCUAGCAUCAAGAAAUCGAGUACUAAAUAUUCAAAUGAUAACAUGUUAUUGCUAGUACUUGAAACAUUCUGACAAUCGUCUUUUUCGGUUCUGGAAUACUGCUCUAAUCUGACACUGGAGCUAAGUGAGUGAGUCUCACUGAAACAACAGGAAUUCUGCAGAUGCUGGAAAUUCAAGCAACACACAUAAAAGUUAGUCCUGACGAAGGGUCUCGGCCUGAAACGUUGACUGCACCUCUUCCUAGAGAUGCUGCCUGGCCUGCUGCGUUCACCAGCAAUUUUUAUGUGAGUCUCACUGAAAGCUAGUUUCUACAGUUUCAUGGUGUUGGCCUUGAAGAAUAGCUUGAAUUCUGGAAAAUUUAGGGAUGGUUUUAAGUCAAAUGCUGAUCUGUAACAGCAUAUUUUUCAUGCCAUGAAAAUGGUUGGUGUAACUAAAUAUUAGCUCUAUGUUAUCUUGAACAUAACAUUUGGUGUAAGAAUACUUUCAGCCAUAAGUCAUAAUAAUACUUAAAUUAGGAUCCUGAAAAUUGCUUCUUAUUUAAUAUGGCGUGUAUUUGCAUAAAUUAAAUCAAAAUGCCCAGCAUCCAGCUUUAUGCAACAAAUUUUAACAAUCUGUAUCUUUUGAAUGAAAAAUGUGUAAUCUAGUAUCAGCUUUAUUAUUUCAUAAUACUCAUUCUGAAUUUUAUUUUCACAAAGAAUUGGAUUUUUGUAUCAUUUGAGCAUUGUUACAAUGAAUUGGAUUUUUAAAAAAUCUUCUGAACAAUAACUUGUUUUUCUACAGGAAUAACCUUUAUAUUGUUCUUUAUUUUAAUAAUAUAUUUUUGUCAGUCUUUCCUUUAUGCCUUCAAUACAGUAGUGCUUCGUUUCAAAGCGAUAAAGGGUACCCUGACUUUAUGCCACCUCUAAUGUAGCAGCUGGCUGCUUACUGGAAUAUUUCAGGAGAAAUAAAAAAAUAAACAAUUAA